CAAAGCGCAAUGUUCAACGGAGGACGGAUUAAUCAGCGUGACCUUGUCGUUUGUUUCGACCCGUUUCGGGACGAAUCGAAGGGCAUGCAGAUUUUUGCGCAUGGGUCAUGUGAAUUUUGUGAAAUAAAGUCGAGCGGAGCCGUGCAACGAUGGGAUGACAGUUGCAGGAGAUUCUGGAAACCCCCUAUAUUCGCGUGUUGGUCUGGCCUGCGGUACAGCUCUCUCGGUCGCUCAGUUCACGCCGGCCCAAGAUGGCCGGGCUUUGGGAUCUGGUGACAGUGAGUCGUGCAAGGGAUAUGAUGACAAAUUACGUUUGAACUUUUUUUUGACUCACUCAUAUAUUAAAAAAAAUCAACGCCCCCCUCUUCCCUCCCACCCUUGUUCCAUUUCGACUCUUAACUCCCCUUUUUUUUGCCAAAAUCUUUUCAAUCCGUCAAGACAUAGCAUGAUAGUACCAGGAAGAAAAUGGGUGAGAAGCACGAACUGCGUCUUAAAAGCCCAGUGGGUGCGGAGCCCGCUGUGUAUCCCUGGCCGUUACCAGUCUAUGACAAACACCAUGAUGCUGCUCAUGAAAUUAUUGAAACCAUCCGAUGGGUGUGUGAGGAGGUCCCUGAUCUUAAACUUGCUAUGGAAAACUAUGUGCUAGUGGACUAUGAUACCAAAUGCUUUGAGAGUAUGCAGAAGCUAUGUGAAAAGUACAACCGGGCCAUGGAUAGCAUUCAACAAUUGUGGAAAGGGACGACACAGCCCAUGAAACUGAACACUCGGCCUUGCAAUGGCCUGCUGCGACAUAUCCUGCAACAGGUCUACAACCACUCAGUGACCGAUCCAGAGAAACUGAACAAUUAUGAACCCUUUUCCCCUGAGGUUUAUGGAGAAACAUCCUUUGAUUUAGUUGCUCAAAUGAUUGAUGAGAUCAAGAUGACUGAAGAUGACACUUUUGUUGAUUUAGGAAGUGGAGUGGGUCAAGUAGUGUUGCAAGUUGCUGCAGCUACACAAUGCAAGCAUUAUUAUGGUGUAGAAAAGGCAGAGAUACCAGCAAAAUAUGCAGAGACAAUGGAUACAGAGUUCAGAAAAUGGAUGCGAUGGUAUGGGAAAAAAUAUGGAGAAUACACACUGGAAAGAGGUGACUUCUUAUCUGAAGAAUGGAAAGAAAAAAUUGCAAGUACAAGUGUUGUGUUUGUAAAUAAUUUUGCCUUUGGUCCUGAGGUGGAUCACCAGUUGAAGGAGCGAUUUGCAAAUAUGAAGGAAGGUGGCAAAAUUGUCUCUUCCAAACCCUUUGCACCAUUAAAUUUCAGAAUAAACAGCCGGAACUUGAGUGAUAUUGGCACUAUCAUGAGAGUUGUGGAGUUAUCACCACUGCGAGGCUCAGUUUCAUGGACUGGUAAACCAGUCUCCUACUACCUGCAUACAAUUGAUCGGACCAUACUUGAAAACUACUUUUCUAGUCUCAAAAAUCCAAAACUCAGGGAGGAACAAGAGGCAGCUAGACGUAGACAACAAAAGGAGAAUAAAGAAAAUAAAAGUAGUACAGCAACUCCAACCAAGGAUUCUAGUCCAGAAGAAGAUAAAAUUGGGGUAACUGGGAUCAAAAAAGCAUCUUCACCUGCUAAACCACGCAAGACGAAGAUAAUUAGCAAAGGCAAGAGAAUUGCAGUCAGAAAAAGAGGUCGCCCCAAAAAAAUGAGCACUGCAAGGAAUACCAAGACAAACCAAUCUGCACUGGAUCUUUUACAUGCGCAGACUCUGUCGGCAUCCUCACCUCAGGAUGCAUACAAGUCACCUCAUAGUCCAUUUUACCAACUACCUCCCAAAGUGCAACGCUAUUCACCCAAUCAGUUUUUACUGGGUCCUACACCACCUGCACUACAGAAGCUGCUAGAGUCUUUCAGGUUACAGUAUCUUCAGUUUAUGGCAUAUAUGAAGACCCCUCAGUACAAGACAAAUUUACAGCAGUUGUUGGAUCAGGAAAAGUUGAAGAACAUGCAGUUGACAGGAAAAGCACAGCAGUUGUUUAGGCACUGUCAGACACAGAAAGAAGAAGUGCGGCUUCUUUUUCAACAAAAACUUCAAGAGUUGGGUAUAAAGGCCAUGACAUUCAAUGAUUUACUCCAAGCACAGAAAGAGAUCAUCGCUCACAACAGGCAGCUAAAAGAACAGACAAAGCAGCUGGAAAAAGAUAAUGGUGAUCUCAGGAAGCACAGUCUGCAGCUGCUGAAAGCCCGAUGUGAAGAGCUAAAUUUGGAUUGGUCAUCCCUGUCUUUGGACAACCUGCUGAAGGAGAAACAAGCUUUGAAGAGCCAGAUCUCAGAAAAACAAAGGCACUGCUUAGAACUUCAGAUAAGCAUUGUGGAGUUGGAGAAGAGUCAACGACAGCAAGAGUUAAUACAGCUCAAGUCGUACAUGCCAUCAGAUGAUGUAUCUCUUCAGUUGCACCACAAAAGCAAAAACUGUGAGAUGGAUGCAGAAAAAAACAGAUAUCAGCUGGAGAUUGAAUGUCCUAAAAUUUCAGUGGCAAAUAUGAAUGGUCUAAGUCCUGAACUCUCUAUUAAUGGAAAUGCAACUCCUUUUGAAAUUAACAGUUCUUUAAACCGACCUUCCAAAUCACAGAACGUGUACAACACUGUGUUUCCAGACCAGGAGAAUGGACUAUGUAUCCCAAACAUUAUGAGUAAACACAAAGCAGACAGAUUACCAAGUCAUUCUCUACCGGAUUACACCAGGUUUUCUCCAGCCAAAAUUGCACUUCGUCGACAUUUGAACCAAGAUCAUAAUGGAAGUGAAAAACUUGCCCAUGAAGUACAACAGACCUGUGCCCAGAGGAUUGAAAACCUAAAAGAAACUGGCCUCCCACAUCCAAGUCCAGGAGUUACAAAUAGUGUCGAGUAUAGUUCGAGUGAACAGCAGCAGCCCUCGUCCCCAAUAUCCCAGCAGAUCACAUGUGAGAAAAGUGCAGAGAAGCUUUCUAAAGAUGGCAGCAAAAGUCCAGCUAAUAACUCUGAAACCAUAACCAGCCUACCGAUCAGUAUUCCACUGAGCACUGUUCAACCAAACAAAUUGCCUGUCAGCAUUCCUCUGGCUAGUGUAGUUCUACCAGUCCGUGCUGAAAAAGUGAGAAGCACACCAAGUCCUGUUAAUGUUUCAAAUCGUGAUUUACCAAUGCUUGACAAACAAUAUGGUGCUAACUAUGGAAAUGUGGCUGGAAAUAAAUCACAGUCUUUGACUAACUCAGGUUUUUGUUACUCAGCUGGCUCUGUGGUAGCCAAUGGGGUCCGUUCUGGUUCUCCAAGUCAAUCAGCACUCAAUAGUCAUGACAAGACAUUAGAAGAUUCUGAUUCUACCAAUGAGGGUAUUCUUGCCAACAGUUCUGUCCUGCAGAACGUAAACCCACAGAAUCCAACAAUACACCUGAUGCAGUCUCAGAGUUCUGAACAGAACUCUCCAACUACACAGCAUUCGGUCAGCCCGAGGUUAACCAGCUCUCAAAAUCUAGCAAUGAAUUCUUCAAGCGUUGGUGGGGUUUUACAGUACAUGGACACACACAAAGUCUUCUCAGAGGUAAUAAAAAAAGAUUUACAGCCAGACCAAGGUGCCUCGGAUCAGGAGAAUGAAUCUAAACGCAAAAUAAUAUUUUCCACUGCUAAUGGUGGGAAUGUCAAACAGCCCACUUUAAAUAAACUGAAUCCUCUCACUUCAGCAGUCAAGUUGGAAUCUGGACAGACAGUGUCACAAGAAGGAAAAAAGAAGGGCAGAAGGAAACGUUCUUUAACAUCCAGUUUAAAUGCAGGUAGCUCUCCAAAGCGAAAAUCGCUGCUUGCUGCAUUAGGGCUUUCUUCAGGAUCUCCUUUGAACAUAAGUUCCAUGGUCAAUAACAUCAAUCAGCCUUUGGAAAUUACAGCAAUUUCAUCACCAGAAACUUCAGUGAAGAGCUCUCCUAUUCCCCAUCAAGAUAAUGAGGGACCUCCAAAUUUGAAAAAGAAGAAGGUGUUUGCCUCCAAUGGCGUUCAUUAUUCUCCACUUACAUCUGAUGAAGAGCAGGAGGAGGAAACUGAACAGCUUAAUGGAAGAAUUGACAAGAAAAUGGUGCAGAAUCAGUGUACUGCAUCAAUUGAAAGUAAAGAAAUUCCAAUUGUUUGUGGAGAUGAUGAGCAAGGUGGAAGCUUACCAGUGCGGAAGCAAGGACUCGGUUGCAGUAAUACAACUAAUAGUAGUAAAUGGAAAUCCACUUUCUCUCCAAUAUCUGAUAUCAGUUUGACGAAGAACUCCGACAACACAUCCCAGUCAGCAGUUGCUUUAUGCCAAGUAUCUCCUUUUGGCACCAGGCCUGUUACAGGUGAACUUUCAGUCAGUGAUGCUAAAAUGGGAUCCCAUCAGAGGAAGCACAUCACCACCCCAGUCUCGGUGGAGGAAAAUGGUUGUCAUGCACACUCACCUAUCACUUUUAAUUACCGUUCUGGACAAUCUGCAGAUAUCAGUUUACAUAAUUAUAAUGAAGGUGCUUGUUUAGCUCGUAAAACUUCAGAGAUGGUGGGGCUGAAUUCCAGUGCACUGUACCAGCUGACCAGGAGCAAAGCCGACUCCAAUAUUGACUCCAAUCUCUCCUCAAACAAGAAGCAACCCGAUGGGUUGACUGGUGCAAAAAGUGAUGAGCUGAGCAAGUCAGGGGUCAAAGGUAUUUUUAACCAUGUGGUGCCUUCAGUCUCUUCUCAUCAGUUUGGAGCCAAUUCCAGCAAUGUUCCAGUAUCUAGUAGCACGAUGUUAAACUUUAACCCACUACAGACUGUACUUACUACUACCCAUUCAUUUCCGGCUGUUUGUUCCAGUACAUUGUCUUCUGCAGAGAGCAGAAUGGCCCCCUACCUUACACGGGCACCUACACAGUCUGUGCUUAACACGCCUCCCCCAAAUAUUUCUUUACCACCACCCCCACCACUGUUAAAUUCAAACAGUCCUGAUCCUUCAGUUUUCCGUAAUAUAUCCACUGUUAGUGAUGGAUACUUGUCUUCUUCCAUUUCUUGCUCCUCUUCAACUGCAUCGCUUCAGUCUGCUAACACAGCAUUAGCCAUGAAGCUUGCAUCUCUGCAGCCCAAAGUGUCUCACCCUUCCUUCACAGUACAUCACCCACCUUUGCCACGCUCAGCGCUUGCUCAGUCAGCACCUCUCAUCCCUCAGUCCAGCACAAAUACAUCUGCAAUGUGGGUCACACUUGGCAUGCAGUCUCCUUAUGCUACACAUUUCUCUGGGGUUAAACCUCGCUAAGAACUCACGUACUUUAUCGGUCUUAUAAGGUAAUUAGGAAUUCUACCUCAAAACAAUGUGACCUAUGCAAGGACGAUGUGGACCAACUUCAUCCACUCCCAUCAAACAAAGGUGCUUGAGUGGCCUGCAAACAUUGUUUUGCUUCUUUACUACUGGAAAAUAAAAGCAAAUACAUUUUACUGUGAAUUGGUUUUAGUGUUGCUGCAAAACAGUUGGCUCCUGUUGUAAAAUGUUUUAGAAACUAUAUUUAUCUUUUUUUCCAAGUGAUUGGGACGAGUCAUUGUUCCAACAAGCCGAUUGAGGCUUUGAAGUGUGAAGCGCAGCGCACACCAGCAUUCAUUUGUUAGCCUGCUGUUGGUGCUAUUUUAACCACCAAAAACUGUGCCUCUGUGGAUUCUGUUCCCUGGUGCUUAUUCUGAAGGGUUGAAAGCAGAAUAGCUGCGACCAGUUUCUCAGCAACAAGUGAUAUUCUUGUAAUAUUUUGCAUCACUUGUUAACAGAUUGGUACUUGAUGCAAAUAUUGCUCAGCCUUCUUCAGUUUACUUUAUACAAGUACAAUCCGGCUCUUCUCUUCCACCGUCUCUGAUCUUUUGUAUGUUAAGUGGUCAUUCAUGAUAACACAGAAAAAUACUGUCAUCACUGUCUUUUUGUCAUUAAUUUAAUGGUGUUUCAUGUCACUGUAAAUUGCAAUUAAGCAAUGUAAACUAAUACCAUUAGAUAAAGAUUUGUUAUACAUUUGGGUUAUUGCUGUGUAAUUUUAAUUGUAAGCAAUAGCAGAUUUGAUUUUCUGGUUACCUUAGUACACAGUGAAGUGUAAAUUAUAUCAAUUUCUACACAUUUUGUUCAAGUAUGUAUUUAUGUAUAAACAAAAUGUAAAAAGGCUGAAAUUUAAAAUGCAAUGGGAUUUCAUAGACUGUAGGUCAUAUUAAAAUAUAUUUAAAAUUUUCUUUUUCACAAAGUUUUAUACAUUCAAGUGGGACAUCUUUUACUAAUCCAGUUUUUAAAGUACCUCAAGUUUUUUAAUAUCCUUACAAAAGUAAACUCUGGUUCAAGAUUUCAAUAUUGGAUUGUGCUUGAAGCUAUGUUUUUUUUAUCAAAUUAUUUUAAAAAGCUAUCUUUUUUUAGAGGUCUGAAGCAGAGAAAUUACAGUAAUUUUAUGUAAUUAUAUUCACUAACCAAACUACAGUAAGACCAAUGCCAAGCAUUUUUGUAAUUAUAACAAAAUUAUUAAAUAAGUAACUGUGGGUGACUUAAAUACACAUGGGCCAGCAAAGAGCUGUGUUGUUUGUCUCGGUGGAGCUGAUUUGCAUGUCCUGUAUUUGCAGUACAGUACACAGGAACCCCUGUAUUUUUUAAAGCAUUAUCCAGCAUGUUCCAUAAAUGAAUAACGUAUAAAAUGAGUUGGGGGUGGGGGGGGGGGGUUGGUUCUGCUGACUGUUUUGAAACCACAUUGCAGUUUAAAAACUCUUCUUUUAUCUGAAAGAAUUAAUUGUUUCUGCUUUUGGGAAAUCCAAAAGAUUGUUUAGUUUUAGUGGUGGCUGUGUGGGAUUUUGAAUAUGUGACUGAGUAAUUGUAAUAAAAUGAAAGCUUAUAAAAGUGUCAGCAAAAAUAUUGGCUUUUUACAGUAUGAGGGCACUGUUUCUUAAGAGAAAUUGAGCUUGAUGGUCCUCCAGUGUGCAUGCACCUCGAUGCAUGACUAGCGCUAAAAGAGUGAUACAUUUCCUACAUGUGUUCAGUGCUACAUGGUGCACAUUUUAUUGUUUAAAUAGUAAGUGUUCAAGUGCAAACAUUAAUUGGACACCUUCCACUGGCUACCAGCUUUGGUGCAUUAAUCGUGUUAACCUUUACUUGAAACUCAUUUAUUCAAGUUUAAAACCCCAUAAUAUAAUACUUCCCUUACUCUCUUUCCUUUCUCUCUCCUGGCGUAUUCCUGGACAAGACCCCAUGAAUUGUCAUGAGAUAUUGAGAAAAGGAAAGAUGAUUGUCAUGAAGUCGUUUUUACCCCCUCCCUUUCUGAAAUAGCUAAGAGGGUAAUUGAACUAGGAAAUAGUUGACUAACAUUCGAUCUUUAGUCUGUUACUGGUACAGAUACAAUAGUUAUCAAGUAUUAUAAACUCUACUUUUGAGGUGCAAGUCAAAUCGUAUAAAAAUCCAGAGUACUGUUCUAUUGAAUAGACACUAAAACUGUAAGAAAUCUAAAUUAUUCAAGAACAUGGUGUUAAAUUGAAUUUCUGUAGAGGUCAGUGAGGUUGACUAUAGAUUGAUCAUUUGGGUAAUGUAUUCAACCACAAUUUCAUGGCAGUAUAUAUAUACACAAUUAUAUAAUAAGAUGAGCUUAUUAUUAUAAAUUUGACUUCAGUUUUGUACAAUGUGACAAAAUUCACACUAGUACUUGCUAGAUAGUUAGCCACCAGUAACUGAGUAUAACAUCAAACUAUGGCAGGAUAUUCUUAUAAGUAGCCUUAAAUUUAUAGGUAGAUUGAGAUUACAUGCUGUGAAAACUGAGCCAUAUAACUUAAUAGAAAUAAAGGUGCAUUUAUGUCAUUUUAUGUUGGUUUUUAGUAAUAAAACUGUUUUUUGGAAGCAGUCAAAAUCAAUUUGUACAAUCCAUUGGGGCACCUCUGUCAUGCAGAAACUGUAAAUGAGAUUGCUCCUUAAGAAUUGAACAUCUGUUGUGAUCUGUACACUAUUUAUCAAGUUCAGUUUACUGUAAGGAAUAUCUUCUGUACAAAGUAAUACUAUUAUUUUAAUAUAUAUAUUACCAAAAUGCCUGAGAUUAUAUUAGAAGCUAUUACAUAAUUUUCUCGAGUAUUCCCAAAUACUUGAGGACAUUUUAUGUUUGUUACAAAAUUGUAUAUUUAACUAGUUUGGAAAAAGGAAGCAGAACUUUUUCUGAACCAUCAGAAGGCACAGAUAUGUUUCAGCACUGUAAGGUAAUGUCCAUCAUAUGCUGGAUUUUAAAUAUUAAUUGUGUUUUAUCUGUCAUUCACUUCCCUACCUGUGUUUGAGGGUGUUUGAACAUGGCUUUACUUUCAAAAAUGCUUGUGUUGGGAGAAAUAUUUAACAUACAAGUACAUUUUGAUCCUUAUCGCACUGCAUUCUGAAUGAACAUUUAAAACUGUGUAUAUGUAAAUAUCUAAAUUCAUGUUAUGUAAUUUUAUAGCUUCAUCUAAAUAGCGUUGCCUGUUUCAUCGGAGUGUAGAUAUUAGAUUUAUUUAAAAUUAACCACACAGUUAAUCCAAAUUAAACUGCAAUAAAUUCCAUAAAUAUUAUUUUUGCGAUUGUGGUAUAUAAUAAAGGAGAUCACAACAUAUUGUUAUCACUCCUGAUAAUUCUGGGCACAUACUAUCCCCAAAAAGUUUACAGACAGGAGCUAGGAUUAUUAAUUUUGCAAAUUUCUUGAAUUGAAAAGUAAAUAACUCAGUUAUGAGGUGCCGCAGUCUGAAAUUCAAGUGUUGUUUCCUCUGGACUGUUGUUAUAAACUCCUUUCAGCUUUUGACACCUUUGGUUUUCAUCACUUUGUACAAUUUGAUCAGAAGACUACAUAUCCUGUGUAAGAUGGACGUUAUCUUUAAAUACACAAGUGGAGGAUGAAUAAGAUUUUCUUUGCACUUGUACCAUGCAGUCUGUCUUUUUGUGGCUAUAGCUUAUAUUGUACAAUGCUGCUUGGUGUGGAAGAAAAAGAAGUUGUCCUAAAUAAACAAUGUUAAGUAAAUACAUUCUGUGGUUGUCUAAAAACUCAGUGAAUAUACACAAUUUGUUCAAGUAUGUACAGAUGAGAAGCUGAUAUUGGCGUGUGACUAUUUUGGCAUGGCUGUAGAAUUGAAAUAUAAUUAAAUAUUUACUGGCUAGUUCAGUUGGCUUUUUCAAAUUUUUCAUGAUGUAGACGUGGUACAUAUGUGGUAGGGAAAGGGAUGGUUUUGUGAUUACAGUUGCCUAGUGCUUAUUACAUUUUGUGAAAUUUGUGAAGGUUAAAUGGCAAGCAUGCAAAAAAUUUUCAUUUUUGUAUGCAGUGUUAUAGUGGAACUGCUUUUAUUGUUUUUCUGCCAUUCCACCCCUUUCUAAAGUACUGUAAAUUUGGUUAAGUCGCAACUACUGCUAAAAUGUUUGGAGGAAUACGUUUUUCUUUGACCUGGCGUUUUUAUUUUGACAUUUUGUCCUCAGAUUGUUCUUGAAUUUUGUCUCCUGGUGUUUGCUUUGCCAAGAAAUUAUGCUUU